AUAGAUGCCGGGACCCAGAUUUUCUUUUCUUACGCCAUUGGCCUGGGGGCCCUCACGGCCCUGGGCAGCUACAAUCGCUUCAACAACAACUGCUACAAGGAUGCCAUCAUCCUCGCACUCAUCAACAGUGGGACCAGCUUCUUUGCUGGCUUCGUGGUCUUCUCCAACCUGGGCUUCAUGGCCACAGAGCAGGGCGUGCAUAUCUCCAAGGUGGCGGAAUCAGGGCCUGGCCUGGCUUUCAUCGCCUAUCCCCGGGCCGUCACGCUGAUGCCUGUGGCCCCGCUCUGGGCUGCCCUGUUCUUCUUCAUGCUGCUGCUGCUCGGCCUCGACAGCCAGUUUGUAGGUGUGGAAGGCUUCAUCACCGGCCUGCUGGACCUCCUCCCGGCCUCCUACUACUUCCGUUUCCAAAGAGAGAUCUCCGUGGCCCUCUGCUGCGCCCUCUGCUUUGUCAUUGACCUCUCCAUGGUGACCGAUGGCGGGAUGUACGUCUUCCAGCUGUUUGACUACUACUCAGCCAGCGGCACCACCCUGCUCUGGCAGGCCUUCUGGGAGUGCGUGGUGAUCGCCUGGGUGUACGGAGCCGACCGCUUCAUGGACGACGUGGCCUGCAUGAUCGGGUACCGACCUUGCCCCUGGAUGAAAUGGUGCUGGUCUUUCUUCACCCCGCUGGUGUGCAUGGGCAUCUUCAUCUUCAACACGGUGUACUACAAGCCGCUGGUCUACAACAACACCUACGUGUACCCAUGGUGGGGCGAGGCCGUGGGCUGGGGCUUCGCGCUCUCCUCCAUGCUGUGUGUGCCCCUCCACCUCCUGGGCUGCCUCCUCAAAGCCAAGGGGACCGUGGCUGAGCGCUGGCAGCACCUGACGCAGCCCGUAUGGGGUCUCCACCACUUGGAGUACAGAGCUCAGGACUCGGAUGUCAGGGGCCUGACCACCCUGACCCCAGUGUCUGAGAGCAGCAAGGUGGUGGUGGUGGAGAGCGUCAUGUGACAGGCAAAACAGAAGCUUCAAGCUGUCGAGUGUGUGAGUCUGUCGUGUGGGUAUGCACGUGUAGUCCCUGGCCCCAGACUGGGGUGGAAAAGUGCAUGGCGGGGACCUCAGUGGGUGUCCGCACACUCCCCGCUCUGCCCACAGGUCGGCAGGGUGAGCCGACGCAGGGCUCUGCGGGGGGAUCCGGACCUGGGGCCGCUCACCCGGCAUGCUCAGGCUGGCCCACACCCUGCGCCCUGGGCCGGGCGCCCCCGCGGCAGGGAUCUGAGGUGGGCCUCCGUCCCCCGCCCCAGGGAUCCUGCGCGCGGCUCCCACCUGCGAGCUUAAGGCUGACGCGCUUUCCACGUCUCAAGUCCUCCGCGUAGCAGCUUCACUUAACCCACGUCUGUGUCACGUCCGAUCCCGAGACAGCCGAGGGGGCCCUAGAAAGGCUUCCCUCACACCCUGACGUGGGCUGGAGGGGUGGGGGGCGGGUGAGGGCGGCGGUCCAGCGGGGACACCCUUACUGUGCUCAAAAGCCGCUGCAAACAUAGCAAUAAAA